AAUCUUCUCACGUGCCCAGCUCUCCCUUUCUCCCCGUCUCUCUCUCGUCCAAGACUAAAGCCCUAGCAUUUGUCGCCGGUGAUGCUCGCCUGAAAUGCGGCCCUGGUUUCUGCCCGUUCCAUCUUUAUCAUUUCAUGACAUCUCUCUCUGGAGUUUGGCUUAGAAUUAUGCUGCAGCGUGAUGAUCAUUAAUGUUGCAAGAGUAGAGAGAUUCUUAAAUAGAUCUGUGGAGUUCAUUACUUCUUCUACUGGUAUAGUCUGUAGGUUUGGCAAUCAUAGAGCCUUUUAUACAAUGACAGAUUCCCAAGUAGAUGGCGCUUCCAGUUUGCCUCUUCUUACUGAAGAAUUUCUUUUUCAACAGCCUAUCGCAGUGAGCCGGGACAAGGAGUCAUCAAGUGCCACCCCAGAUAUCGAAAAGAAGUAUGUCCAUCAUGUUUAUGAUGCCAUUGCUCCUCAUUUUAGCUCCACACGAUUUGCCAAGUGGCCAAAAGUUGCAACUUUUCUCAAUUCCUUGCCACCAGGAUCCCUCAUUUUGGAUGCAGGAUGUGGAAAUGGAAAGUACUUGGGUUUAAAUCCUAAUUGCUUGUUCAUAGGGUGUGAUAUAAGUGCUCCUCUGAUCAAUAUAUGUGCGGGAAGAGGGCAUGAAGUUAUGGUUGCAGAUGCUGUAAAUCUUCCUUAUCGAACUGGAUUUGGUGAUGCUGCAAUCUCUAUUGCUGUAUUGCAUCACUUAAGCACAGAAAGCAGAAGGAAGAAAGCAAUAGCUGAAUUAGUUAGAGUUGUUAGGAAGGAUGGAAUGGUCCUAAUAACUGUCUGGGCUGUAGAACAAGAGGAUAGAUCAUUGGUUACCAAGUGGACUCCCCUUAACCAAAAGUACACAGAGGAGUGGAUAGGUCCUGGGAGUCCUCGAGUCCGUAGUUCUUCAAACUUGACACUACAAAGCAUCCCAGAAACCGAGGAAAAUGGUGUCCGAGAUCACUCAAGAGAUACUAAGCAGUUAUCUGAGGAGACAACAAGAGGAACUACCCAUUUAUCCUUGAAAAAGGACACCAGUUCAGUUUCUCCCCGAAAUGGGAAGAAUCUUGAAAAUCAGCAGGAAUAUUUUGUCCCUUGGCACUUGCCUUAUCAUCGUGCUGAAGUUAGUGGUGCAUCUGCCUGUGCUCUUGCAAAUGGACUAGCUGAGAAAGAUGAUAAAAAAGGUGCUGUGGUGUACAAUAGAUAUUACCAUGUAUUCAUCGAAGGUGAGCUUGAAAGGUUAGUCUCUGGAAUUGACAAUAUUGUCAUUGUCGAUCAAUUUUAUGAUAAGUCGAACUGGUGCAUUAUUCUCAAAAAGACAUAAAUUUCAGACAUGCCUGGAGUGUAUACAAACCAUGAACAGUGCCAAUUCCUUCGUGUUUUCCUACAUCUCUGAGAGGAAAUUGAAUACUCACACUGAAGUUUCUAGCAGAGAUCUCGUUGGCAGGUUUUGUUCACCAUGGUGAUGAUGAUGUCUCGCCAAUUUCUGUGAGAUGAAGUUGAUUUGCCAUUAAAUGUUGCUCUCAAGAAAUGGAGAAGCAUUGAACUUACACCAGAAAAAUGGUGUCACCCAGUGGGUGUAAAAUAAUUGCUGUAACACUAAGGAUGAAAAUUUUAUCCCUUUUCCCCAGUUUUUGUUACCACGAAUCAAGUAUUUUGUUAGAACUCCCAA